AUAGUGUAGGCAACGGCAUUUAAUAACGGCGUAAACAGACAAAUAUUGCCUGUUCCAUUUCAUAUUUCACUUCUCCGCCAUAGACAAUGGGGGCUUGUAUGGCAUUAUGUUCUCUUGCAAGCUGUGCCUCAUGUUUAUGCGGUUCAGCACCAUGUUUGCUCUGCGGCUGCUGUCCGUCUUCGAAUAACUCCACGGUCACCCGACUUGUCUUUUCUUUCUUCUUGCUGCUGGGAACAUUCGUGUCUAUUAUUAUGAUUCUGCCUGGAAUGGAGACACAGCUCCGGAAGAUUCCAGGGUUUUGCCAAGGUGGAACAACCAUACCUGGUAUAGAGAAUCAGGUCAACUGUGAUGUUAUUGUGGGCUAUAAGUCCGUGUACCGUAUGUGCUUUGCCAUGGCCUGUUUCUUCUUCCUCUUUUCCGUAAUCAUGAUCCGUGUACGGAGCAGUAAAGACCCUCGCGCUGCCAUUCAGAAUGGGUUUUGGUUCUUCAAGUUUCUGAUCCUGGUUGGUAUCACCGUGGGAGCUUUCUUCAUCCCCGAUGGGACCUUUCAUGAUGUGUGGUUCUACUUUGGCAUCGUUGGCUCGUUCAUGUUCAUCAUAAUCCAACUCAUCCUGCUCAUCGACUUUGCCCACUCCUGGAACGAGGUGUGGGUCCGCAACGCCGAGGAGGGCAACAGCAAAUGCUGGUUCGCAGGCCUGCUCAUCUUUACCGUGCUGCACUACGCCCUGGCGUUUGCCGCGGUGGUGCUUUUCUACGUGUACUACACAAAACCCGACGAGUGCGCCGAGCACAAAGUCUUCAUCAGCCUCAAUCUCAUCUUCAGCGUCGUGGUCUCCGUAGUCUCCAUACUGCCCAAAGUACAGGAUGCUUCCCCUCAGUCUGGUUUACUCCAGUCUUCUCUGAUCACGCUCUACACCAUGUAUGUGACCUGGUCCGCCAUGACCAAUAAUCCAAACCGUAACUGUAAUCCAAGCCUUCUCAGUCUGGUGUCGAAUGUCAGUACCAGUGAACCCAGUCCCACCAUCGCCCCUGGACAAGUACAGUGGUGGGAUGCCCAGGGCAUUGUGGGAUUAGUCAUCUUCCUGUUUUGCACUCUCUAUGCCAGCAUCCGUUCAUCCAGUAACACUCAGGUAAAUAAGCUGAUGCAGACAGAGGAGGGAAGUGGCUCCGGAGGCAGCGGGGAGGUGGGGGAGGACGGCCUGCGGAGGGCCGUAGAUAACGAGGAGGAAGGCGUCACCUACAGCUACUCCUUCUUUCACUUCCACCUGUUCCUGGCUUCCCUUUACAUCAUGAUGACUCUCACCAACUGGUACAAGCCUGACACCACCACCCAGGCUAUGCAGAGCAGCAUGCCUGCAGUGUGGGUGAAGAUCUGCUCCAGUUGGCUUGGCUUGGGGCUCUACCUUUGGACCCUGGUGGCUCCUCUCAUCCUCACCAACCGUGACUUCAGCUGAACCUCUCCACCUCGCAUCAGCGAGAGCAACUCUGUGUGUGAGUGAACGUCUGUGUACAACCGGUGCAGUGCUUCUCUUACCUCCUGGUGUAGCGUGACUCAGCCCACAACUGUGUCCACCUACAUUAAACAUAACUAGGUAAAAAUAAAAAUGAAAAAAACAUAAAUACGAUAGGAUGAACAUUAGCCUCUUCUGUCUGUAUAAUUCAAAUGGAUUUUAAUCCACCAAUUUCACCUCAGUUUCUUAAUCCUGUGUAUCUAGUGGUGCGAUGUUUCAGUCUCCUAAAAUCUUUUACUCAACCUUUAAGUGUAUCAAGAGUUUAAAAUUGCUACUGUAAGCUUGUAUAGAAAGCAUGCUAAUCAAACUUGACAGUCAAGAAUUCUUUCAAGAGACAAUAGGCACGUCCAUCAACUGUUUUACACACGUGACCAUGAAGUGGUCAUCAGCCAAGAGAUAUAUGCAUGUACUGCUGCUCUAAACCUUCUCUACCUGAUAUUAACAAACCUCUUUAACAGAAACGUCAUUUUCAUAUCAGGGUCUUAUAUUUCCAAUGCAGUUAAGCACUUUGUCCUUAAGCAAUUUCACCAUAGAUCUUAGCCAUUGAAACAGAGCCAGGUUAGAAAGGGGAAGCCUUUUGCAGGGGGGGGCUUUUG